GAUAAUGUCUAUCUUGUUCGAUAGGCUAUCAAGUGGCAAUUCAUAUCUCAAUUUGGAGAUGGGAACAUUAAUGUGCAGUAUUUCAAGAGAAGUUUUUGGCUCAGUAAGCAAAAGGAAAUGAGGGGUUGUGUCUCCUUCUUCAUGUAGAUAUCUUUGAGGUCCAGAGAACAAAAAUUUCGAAGGUGAUUUUGUAGCCAAAAUCAUAUGAGAGGUCAGAUAUCUCUCCCUCUAAUUUCAUGUCUAUUGUGUCAUGCAUAAGUUCAUCUAUUAUGUCUUGACUUGUUAGGGUUACUCACACUAUCUAGAAACACACACGUUCACAGACAUAACAAACACAACAAACACAAUGCACUCAAACUCAG